CAGUACCCAUUCCCGAAGGAAGUGUGGAGCCCGUCUGGCGGCUGGUGGUCGCGUCCCCGGAACUGGGCUAGCAACACCGUCAUCGCCGUCGCCGGCAUCGUCGCUGUCACCUACGCUACCUGGCGCGUGAGCGCGCGCAACGAGGUCCGCCUCAUUGCGCCAACCAAGCCCAUCCCCUCGCAACGGUGGUCACAGCAGGCAGCGGAUUUGGGUGUCCGUAAGGAGGAUUAG